AUGAAUUGGACCGGACAGCGUCUUCGACGAAAUUCAUCCACAAAAUGUUCAAUGAAAAAUGGGAAAAUAUCACACUUUGUAAAGGCUAAAUAUAAUAUACGCAAGCAAGCUAAAAGAGCUUCGCCACUCAGCUGGGAAUCGCUCGACUUGUGUACGGUACACAAAGACUCAAAUUCGAAUCCUGAUAAGCUAACAAAUCUGGAGCUUGAGUCCAGCUCAAAGCCUUUGGCAUCAUUUUGUACAGAGCUUAGUAAUGUGUCCGAGAAGGAUGGUAUCCUCCAAAGCAUUGAAAGAAAUAAAAUAUUAGAGAAACUAAAUGCUGGUCAACACCACACUAUGUCAUCCAUGAAAAAAAUCAAGACAUACGCGCCUCAGUCAGUGUCUAGUAAUGAAUCGAACGUGUAUAAAAAGCAAGAGGAGAUUCCCACCAAGAAACAAAGGAUUAUUAAGCAAGAAGACUGGGUUGGAAUUAAGCCACUAAAGUCAAAGUCAUCAAACCAUUCGAUAUCAAACUCAAUGAAAGAACAUGGAACUCUGAAAUCAAAUUUGCAAUUCAAAAGUAUCACAUAUCAACGGGAUGAAAAACAAAUAAAAUUACCUAUUACAAAAAAUAUUUGCGCCCAGUCUAAGGGCUUAUCGAGUAAAUCUGAUAUAGCUUCAAUCCGAAAUCAAGACACGAAACCAAAUAUUAGCAAUGCAAAAUCAGACAAAAAUGAAAGCAUAAUUCAGACAACUACAUGCGAAACCUCCAGAAGUAUAGCAUUAAAGAGCAAGUCUCAUGACAUAAAAACAAGUGCCAGAGAUGAUUUAGCCCAUCAUGAAGAAAGAGAUGAUAAUGAAAAUCAGAAGGAAUUGGUAAUCCACCAUUCAAGUUCAAAAAAUAAAAUGGAAAUGGCCGUAAAAACACGGAUAAAAGACCCUAACAACUCUCAAGGACCUGAUCCGCAAACGGUAUAUCCAUCAGACUUCAAAGACGAAAAUUGCUCAGUGAGCCUCUAUAAGAUUGCUCAAUUGGGGCAAGCUUGUAUUUCAUUUUCUUCCGCUAGUCUCCGACAUCCCAUUCCUCGAAGCUCAAGAAUUUUUUACCUGCUUAAUAGCAACACACCCAAAAAAACUGAAACUCUCGGGGCUCCCCGUAAGUUUCUAGAUUCAAAUUUGCACCAUAGCCUAAAGUAUCAUGAAGAUACUUUAAUAAGCGAUAAUCUAUCAAAUGAAACUUUGUUUGCGCGAGAUAUUGAAAGAGCUAUGACAAGCUCAAGAAGGAAGAGUGACGAAAAAUUAGCUUUCAAGGGCAGUUUGUAUGAGGAAAAUAUAAAAUUAUCGCGAGCUAAAAUGAGAUCAAAACAUGCAGAAGUAGGCCAUGAAUUUGGUAUAGAGCCUGAUAUUAAAGAAAGAUUGUUAUCAGUAACACCAUCUGUAAAAGCUUUGAGCCCAAUUUUUCCAUUCGACAUCCCGAAGCAGCAGCUAUCAAGAGAAUCUAUGGAGAAACCUAAAAUUAUUGGUCAGCAACUCGUAGUCCCCCAGAAAAACUCUACUGAUAGCUGCUUUUCAAAAGCCAGAGACAGUGAGAUUUGGCGUAGUUUUGUUUUUGGUGACGAUGAAAAAUAA